UAUGCAAUCGUGGUGAAGUGCUGUCUUCUGAUUGGAAUUCUGUUAGUGUACUUGGCGAGUAAUUGUAUGGGCGUCUCAUGGAGGGAUUCAUUGCGCCGGUUAUUUUUUGGCUAUUACAGUUCAUUUCCGUCUACGGGAAAGAACUUGCACCGUUCAGAGUAAUCCAACCGAUACAGCUCCAUGGAACGCAUCCAAAAGCCAAAAAUAUCGAUGAGAACAAUCCGGAAUACGUGCGGACCAUCUUCAAAGUGCCCAUACCCAACAAUGCUCCUAGUAUGGCGCAACAUCAACCCGACAAAAAGCAGCUGCAUGCCGCUGAAAACGAGCCGCUGCUAAACCAGCUGAGUCCCAAUCGCACCGAGGACGCCCUCAACCACUCCAUCCUGUCACCCACCGACAUGCCCAGUGAGAUGCUGAUCUUCGCCACGGAGACUGCCAUCAAAGCGGUAACGGCGUUCUCCAGUGUGUCCGAUAUGGCCGAGUAUAUGCGGAUGAAGUUUGAGUCGCGGUUCUCCGUGACGGGAAUGCCCGGCAACUGGCAGGCCAGUGUUGGGACGAACUUUGCCGCUAGUAUUCGCAAGAAAGUUGGAACGGGAUUUUAUGCCAGGUUAAAGGGAGUUUACUUCCUCGUCUAUGCCACACCAUAAGUCCCCUUUGCGCUUUUUGCUUGCCUGACGCUUCAGUAAACCAAUCGCCGGGUGCUCUUGAAAACAUUUUGUAAAUAUUUUGAUAUUAUAAUAAUUUGUAUUUGUGAUGCCACUGUAUUUUGGAGUGCAAAAUACUGCAAAUACUUGUGUGAUGAAAAAUCCCGUAAACCGGUUUGCGCAAUUU